GAUUCAUUCAUAAAAUUAAUGACGACACGCCACGAGAAAUUCGAAAAGAAAACUCGUUCGCCAUUGGACGAACAAUCUGUGACGAUGUAAGAAGAGUCAUAUAUAAUAAGAAGGGCAUCGACGGCGGUUCCAUACCAAGCUUAUAAACAUGUUGCAUUUACAGUUUCUUAUUAUUGCUGUUAUUAUCUCGGGAACGAUUUCAAGAUCCAUAAGAAGCACUGAAGAAGUCACAGAAAACCAUUUAGAAUGUACGUGCGAUAAGCGAUAUCUCUCUCACUAUGAAGUCAAAGGCUGCUACCCCAUUUAUGACAGAAAUAAUUCUGCAUGCCCUUCAAGAUUUGAAUGUUUAAACAAUCAAACAGAUAAUACUGAAAUGUGUGUAUAUAAAGGACAAUAUUAUAGUGUUGGAUCCAGCAUAAACACAGGCAACAAUUGUCAAAAAUGCCAAUGUGUUAGGAAUUCUGAAAGUAAAGCUUAUAUUGCAUGCGCAGGCGUGGAAUGUCCUCACAAUUUCCGUCGACCUCCUAUCAGUAAGGGAUGCCGCUUGGUUUAUGAAGAAAAUCAUUGCUGUCCCACCAAAACUGAAUGUGAUCUUGAAAAAUUACCAAAAUGUGAAUUGAAUAAUAAAACGUAUUAUUUGGGAGAACAUAUAUAUCCAGAAGAAGAUCCGUGCCUAAUCUGUCUCUGUGACAAAGAUUGGAAAGGACUCAAAAGUAAGAGUUGCCGCAAGAUAGAUUGUAUUUUUGAAAGAAAAUUUGAUCUUUUGAAGAGAGGAUGUAUACCAGUAUAUCAUGAGAAAACAUGCUGUCCAAUUGAAUACUAUUGCCCCGAAACUCAAGAAUCAGCUCCUAAAAAUGAAUCUGAAAUUGAGGAAAAAUCUGAAAAUGAAUGUUUUUUUGAUGGUAAAAGAUACAAGAUAGGGGAGAAAUUAAAUUAUAAACAAGAAUUGAAUUGUACCACUUGUACUUGCUGCACGCCACCUGAUUUUACUUGCAUACAUCAGUCUUGUCCACCUCCUCCUAAUAAUGAUUAUGAAAAUUGUAAAGCAAACUACAAACAGGGUAUUUGUUGUCCAGAAUAUGACUGUAAACCUAAACACGUUGCUGAAGAAUUAAUUUUAGGCGAUCAAAGUAUAAUGGAAGAAUCCGUAAAAAUUGGUCCUCCUCCAAGUGAAAAUCCUUGCAAUGAAAUGGAAUGUGCAGAUGGAAAACAUUGUCAAUUAAGACAAGUAAAAUGUGACAGAUCAUUUUGUCCUCUUAUUCCAACAUGUAAGUUAUUUUGUAUAUAUUCUAUUACAUCUAUGUAAAAAUUAACACAUCAUCUCAUCUGUUUCAUUCACAACUUGGAGUAAAUAGCAAUGAUA